AUGUUCCUCACUCUUUUGCUUCUCUGGUCUCAGGCCGCUCUUGUCCUCGCUGCUGCUUCGGUCUCUGUCGUCAACCCGAUUAACGAACAGUUUCCGCUUAUCGCGCGCAUCAACUCAUCCUAUUCAUGGCAGUUCUCGUCAAACACAUUUAGUACGACCUCUGACGCUCAGCUCGCAUAUAACGUUUCGACAUUGCCUGGCUGGCUCUCCUUCAACGGCAGUAGUGGGGCUUUCUCUGGGACUCCUACGAGCAGCGAUGAAGGAUCCCCUAGGAUCACGGUGACCGCUACGGAUUCUUCUACCGACCAAUCCGCGUCUUCCUGGUUCACGCUCUGCGUCACACACUACCCGCCACCGCAACUCAGUAUCCCGCUCGCCGGCCAAUUCUCGAAUACAUCUAACUCAACUCUAUCCUCUACCUUUCCGCUUUCGAUUAACUCUGCCCUUGCCAGCGAGACGCCGACGCUCAGGGUCCCUUCUGGAUGGUCUUUCAGUCUUGGAUUUGAAGGGGAGACAUUUACUGGCGAGAACGACGUCUUCUAUGGGGCCAUGCAGGCAGACGGAAGCCCGCUUCCCGAGUGGAUGAAGUUCAAUGGCGACGCUGUGACUCUCAACGGAGUUGCUCCCUCGUCUAUGCAUCUGCCAACUCCUUCGACCAUCUCUCUUAUGCUCAUAGGAUCUGACCAGAAAGAAUACUCGGCUGUUUCCACACCCUUCGAUGUCGUCGUCGCGCCACAUGAACUUUCACUCGCCACGUCUUCGCUCCCGACUAUCAACAUUACUUCAGCCAUACCCUUCAACAUCACGCUGAACUCGCUCGCGGACUUCGUUGGCGUUCUCACAGACGGAAAGCCCAUCGACAUCGCGGCGAUCAACUCCCUCGACGUCGACACUUCAUCCUCUAGUUGGUUGAAGUACGAUGCAUCCACCCGGGCGCUUAGCGGAACGCCUCCAGAUAAUCUAAACAGUCAAAACCCACCUACGCUUCCUGUUACACUCUCGACCUCGUUCAACCAGACUCUUCACACAAGCGUCUCUCUUGCUGCUGUGCCCUCUUACUUCUCGGAGUCAGUAAUCACGCCCAUCCUUGUCGCCCCUGGACAAGGUUUCGGUUUUGGUCUCUCUCGCUACUUCUCGAACCAGACGGGGACCGGAGGGAGUGGAGACGUGAAUAUGACCGCCUCGUACGAACCCGUAGAAGCUGGCCAAUACCUCUCCUUCGAUGGCUCCUCGGGACAACUCUCCGGGACGAUUCCUUCCGACAUCAAUUCCUACACUCAUAUCGCCGUGACUUUCACAGCCUAUUCUCGCGUCACCCACUCUACGUCUCAUACCUCGCUUGGUAUCUCUCUGACACCAGCUGAUCUCAAGAACUCGAGGCCGCCUGCGACCCCAGGCUCCGGGCCUCUGCAUCUCUCGAAUCUGACUAGGAAGAAGCUCGGACUUGGGCUUGGGAUUGCUUUCGGAGUUAUGGGCGGCUUUUUGAUGUUUGUGCUCGUGUUGGCCGGGUGUAGAAGGUGCUACCGGACGAAGGAUACGGCUGUCACGGGCGAUAAGGCGACUAAGGCAUUCACUGAGAAGGAGAAGAGGUGGUAUGGGAUUGGGAACAAUCCUGACUUGCAGGAUGUGGAGAGAGGGUACGAAGGGAGGGAUCGUGACGCGGUGUCGGAUAGGUCGGCGAGCAGCGAGGAUGCUCCUGUUGGCCGGUCUGUGGAUCAGAUACGGGUUGUGGAUGGUCUUCCGGUCGACGCAAGGAAUUUCUCCGAACUUGGCAUCACUAGCCCCGUUCCGCUCUCAGGGGUUGGGAGUCCUCGCCAGGUUCGAAAGAGCGACUUCAUGAAUCGCCUCCGUGACACUGCUCGCAAAGUCAGCAGUUCCUACCGACGUUCCAAGCGACCCGUCAUCGGAAGGCCUGUUCUCCUCGGCGAUGCGUCUACUAGUGCGCAAGCUGCUGCCCGUGCCAACACGGAUACGGUCUCUUCGAUCCCUCAGCAUCGUGGCGCCCCCUCCUCGCCUUCGUCUUGGAACCCGUUAAGCCUCCUUUCGGGGACGAACAUCUUGUCGGCUCGCUCGGAUUUGCUGGCUUCGCCCACUUCGUCCAGUGGUGGUCGCUCGGUCCCCCAACGAAGAGCUGACUUUGCUCCUCCGAACUCACCUUCCUCGGCUGCGGCUCUCGCACACCUUGCUGCAGCGCACACCCGGGCCACCAAGAAAGUAUCCCGCCACCAGCAGAGCUUCUCUGUCCAAUCUUUCGAUUCCUUCGCGUCCAAUUCAUCGUCGAAGAUGCACGCCUCAGAAGCUAUCGUUCAGACGGCGUCCAGGGCUCGGAGCGUACGGAGCGUGCACAGCGCCAGCGUUGUCUCGUCUCCUAUUUCGGCCCACAUUCCUGAGAUGCCUCGUCUCAAACCAUUCACUCACGCCAGUCGGGUGCCCUCACCGGAUGUCCCUGUGGAUGUGACCCCGUCCCAGAGCGAUGGGAAGCCGGCGUCAUCGGUCAGUAGUGGCGGAAGGAGACGUAAGAGGGCUGUGAGCCAGAUUGCGAGCGUCGUGCAGGAGAGAUACUCGACGGCGGAUGACCUGACUGAGGGGAUGAAGUAUGUCCGUGCACUGGGAGAGGAUCGAUCUGACGAUGGUCUCUCAAUGGUCGAAUCAUUCUCAUCUCCUGAAGUCUCCUACAAUGGCGAUGCUAGCUUCCGCAGCAGUCGCAGGUCAUCUCGUCGAAGCAGGGAAUAUAAUGUCCUCCUCCAAAUCGCACAAUCCUUCGCAUUCCGUAUUCCUCUCAAACGCGACACCGACAUCUCUUCGGCCAAUCUGACCGUCCGACAACUUAACGGUGAAGAACUCCCACCGGCCUUCCUUGUCGACUGGGGCAGUGCUGGCGCGGCUGGUACUAAGAAAGGUGGCGAUGGGAAGAAGGACCGACCUACGGUGAAGAUAUGGGGAAUCCCGGAGGCGGAGGAUGCGGGAGAGUGGGAUAUUGGUGUCUUCGAGGUGGAUACGGGCAAGUGUCUUGGGAGUGUUGUGGUUAGGGUCGUCGAGAGUGCCAAUCGGUGA